AGUAUAAAUAUAACAUUGUACAUUAUAAAGACGUAUUUGUGAUUCAUUGGUAAACAUAAAGAUUUGCAAUAAGGCAAGAGUUUUGAACAAUAGUUGAUUCAUAAAGUAUUUUAAAGAAGGAAUUAUCUUGGCGACAUACAUCAUUCAAAAUACACUUGUGUUAAAUUAAUAACAUACUCAGUGCACAAAUAUCUCAAAAUGUCUGAAGCUGCUAAUGAUCCGAUAAUUAAAAUUGAACCGCAAGAAUAUCCAAUCGAAGACAUUAAACAAGAAAUUGAGGAAGAUUAUGAAUCGUGUUCAGAGGAUGACAAAACAUGUCUAAAGAGAUUUAUGAACUCUAUAGUAAAAAUAGAAGAAGAAGUCCAACAAGAAUUAAUUCAGACUGCUCCUUAUAAAUGUGACAAGUGUAAUGGAUCAUUUACAGAGUUGCAUUAUUUAGAAUACCAUAUAGCGAAUUAUUGUCAUAAGUACAAGACUUUUCCAGAUGCAAAUGCAUUAGAAAUACAUAUAAAAUCUCAUACAGGUGAAAAACAUUUCACAUGUACAAAGUGUGUCAAAGCAUUUACUGAACAAUAUCAUUUAGAUCAACACAUUUGUGCUCCUGCAAGAGAACAAAUUUCACAUUUGAAUGAAUCUGGUAAUCCAAAACGAAAUAUUGCAAAGAGGUCAGGUGAACGUACUCAUAUUUGCCAAAUUUGUGACAAGAAAUUUACAAAAUCGAGUAGCUUGAGAAAACAUAUGCUCAUUCACACUGGUGAAUGCCCACAUGUUUGCAAAAUAUGUGAUCAGGCAUUCAAUCGUUUGGCUGACUUGAAUCAACAUCUGCUUAUUCACACUGGUGAACGUCCACAUGUUUGCCAAAUUUGUGAUAAGACAUUCAGACAAAUAGGUACCUUGAAUAGACAUAUGCUCAUCCACACUAAUGAACGUCCCCAUAGUUGUCAAAUUUGUGAUAUGAGAUUCACACAAUCGUCUUACUUGAAUCAACAUAUGCUUAUUCACACGGGUGAACGUCCCCACAUUUGCCAAAUUUGUGAUAAGACAUUCACGCAAAUGGGUACCUUGAAUAAACAUAUGCUCACUCACACUAGUGAACGUCCCUAUAGUUGUCAAAUUUGUGAUAAGACAUUCACACAAUUGGGUACCUUGAAUAAACAUAUGCUGAUUCACACUGGUAAACGUCCCCACGUUUGCCAAAUUUGUGAUAAAACAUUCACCCAAUCGUGUAGCUUGAAAAAACAUAUGCUCAUUCACAUUGAAGAGCGCUUCUUCAAAUGCAAAAUCUGUGAUAAGGUAUUCAAACAAUCAAAUUCUCUGAAAAAGCACAUGGUUGCUCAUACCAAUGAGUAA